UGUCAGAAUCAUUCCCAGUGCAAGGUUGGGGUUGUGACCAUGAUGUCAAGAUUGGUUUUUCUCCUUUUCUGUGGAUAUAUUGCACUAAACCUGGGAAAUGCUCAGAAAUUGCCAAGAGUGAAAAGGCAGAGUCUGAAAGUUCAGAUCAAUGCAACAGAUGACACUGUUUGCAUGAGGUAUCUUCGACCAAGUCAAAACACCAAACUAGAAGGUUUUGUCCUGGGUUAUGGAAGCAGCUUCUUUUCUAAUCAGUACAUUCCUUUACCUUCGGAAGGAAAAAACUAUGUAACAGAACUUGAUGCUGAGCCACGGUAUUUGGUUUCGGUAAGACCAGCACGUGUUUCAAGUAACAAGAAAUCUUGUUCAGGUCGGACCAAGAAUCAAAAGCCUCUGCAGCUGGUAGUUGGCACUCUCACCCCAACCUCUGUGUUUCUCUCCUGGGGCAUCCUAGUCAACCCUCAACAUGACUGGACAGCAACAAAUAACUGUGCUAGUGACAGGUUCUACACAGUUCGCUACAGAGAAAAGGGUAAAGACAAGAAAUGGGUUUUUCAGCUUUGCCCAGUUACAGAGACAGUGGUGGACAAUCUGAAGCCAAACACGCUUUAUGAAUUUGGAGUUAAAGACAAUCUAGAAGAUAGUAUUUGGAGCAAGACUUUGAAUCAUAAGACAGUUCUGUCUAGCAAAAAGGUAAACGGACAACUCCAGAAUAUGUACAAGUUGGUACCUAAUUCCCAAACACAGCUUAAGCUGCGUGAUAAUAAGAGGUUGGUCCCUGUCACAAUAAUCAAACAAGUUAUUCAAAAUCGGACUCAGUCAAAAACUUCAGAUAGUUCUUCUCUCCCAGGAGCAAUAUUAGUGCAUCUUAUUGUUCCGGGUCUUAAUGAAACUCAGCAGAAACUUCCCCCUCUCCUGCCAAUAGAUGACAUACCUCAAGCAUCCACAAAAAAAACAGCUAAGAAUGAAACUCGAGUGUGGCCUGCUGAAUCCAAAACACCAGCAGUUCAAGAAAUCUCUCCAGAGUCCCUCCCAGCUCAGGCUGAGAAAAAGCAUGGACCUGAGGAAUUUAAAUCAACGCCUAAACCCAAAUUGGUGCAAACUCAAAACUUACUGGCUUCUAAUGAAAUACAGCCACUUCCUUCUGGAUCCAGAAUCUCUGAUGCUCCAAAAAGUCCAUUGACAGAGCUCGGUAAUUACUUUCUUUCUGUGAAAUCCAUAUCUCUACCUUCUGCAGAAGCCAGAGACAUGGAGAUGGCCUUUGAGGAAACACAGCCUGUUUCUUCAGGAUCCAAAACAUCUGGUACCACAGAAGUGCAACCAACCAGAUCUGCUUCACGUGACUUUCUUCAUGUUACUUCUACUCCCCAAACUUUUACAGCUUCAGAAAUACCAGGCACUGCUGGAGAUACUACUGAGUUGGAAAUAUCCAUGCCCAAAAUUACUACAGACCCUCACUUGUUAGAAGUAGCACUGGAUAAAAUUGAUAAGAUGACUUUAUUUAGUUGUGAAUGGAAGCCUUAUUCUUCAAGAUCCACAACAUCUGGCAUGCCAGAAAUGCCACCAAUCUCAGCUGCAACCCAGAGACCGGACCUGAAGUCCACCUCGUCUGCUUCAUUGAAAACCACACGGACUGUAAAGGCUACUCGAAGACCAAGGCUGAAGUCCACCACUCCUUCCUCCCUGGCAACGCAGCAAACUGUGAUGGUAACUACUCAAGCACCUUUCAAACCUAUUACACCUGGCAACAUUGAAGUGGAAUUGGCUUCUGAUGAAACACAUCUUAUUUCUUCAAGAUCCACAACAUUUACUAUUCCAGAAAUGCCAUUGACAAAAUCUGCUACCCAGGGACCAGGCCUGAAAUUCACAUCUCAUCCCUCCGUGGAAACCAGAGGGAGCACGAUGGGUUUACUUUCAGCUUUUGAUGAAAAGCAGCACAUUUCUUCAGGAUCUGAAACAUCUGGCAUCCAAGAAAUGCCACCAGCUGUACCUGCAACCCAGAGACCGGACCUGAAGUCCACCUCGUCUCCUUCAUUGAAAACCACACGGACUGUAAAGGCUACUCGAAGACCAAGGCUGAAGUCCACCACUCCUUCCUCCCUGGCAACGCAGCAAACUGUGAUGGCUUCACUGGACUCUCAUCAUAUUACUUUCCCAUCCCAAAUAUCUGCAUCUGCAGAAAUAUCAAAAAUACAGACUGUUACAAGUUCAGCUGACCUGGAAAAAUCUGUGUCUCCGCUUUCCGGAACACCUUAUGUGCUAACAACAACUAUGGCUUUCAGUGGUAUUCAGCCUGUUCUUUCAAGCCAUGUGGCACCUAGUAAGCCUGAAGUAGCAGAUGCUAGACCAGCAACAAGUGAAUCCAUUCUGGAAUCUUUCACAUCUAAAACUUCUCGUCCUUUUCAGUGGCCAAGGGUAACAUUAGCUCCAAAAGAAAUACCGCUUGUUCCUUCUAAACUGAAACCAUCUGCUACCCCAGAACCACAGCAUGUGAAACCUGCCCCUAAACCAUCACUUUUGGAGCCUAAAACUUCUCAGACUACUGAAAAACCAAAAGCAACACUAGCUCCUAAAGAGGCAAAACUCAAACCUUCUGCAUCUAAACGUAGACCAUCUGGCAGACCCAAAAAGCCACGAACUAAACCUGCAGCAACCAUUCCGGUGUCAGUCACUACUAGGAGUCCCUACACAUAUGAACGUCCAAAGACUACAGAGGUCUUGGAACCUAUUACACUUAGAAUUGAACCACCAAGGUCAACAAUAGCUCCAAAGGGGACUCAGCGUAUUCCUUCUAUACUUAAAACUUCACCCAAACCUCGUAUGCCACAAGCCAAAGAUGUCCUGAAAUCUGUAACACUUAGAACUGAUCAACUAAAACCAGCAAUAGUUCGAGAAGAAACACAGCAUGUUCCCUCCAAACCUAGGACAUCACCAAGCUCAGAGGUGCCACAAACCAAACCUGUUCUGGAACCAAUUACAUUUAGAACUGAGAAACCAAAGUCAACAGUAGCUCCUAAAGAUACACGUCAUGGGACUUCCAAACCUAAAACAUCACCCAGUCCUCGUGUUCCUCCAACUAGAGCAAGUCCAAAAGAAAGUCGACGAGUCUCUUCCAAGCCUAGAGCAUCACCAGGUCCAGGCAUAAUACACACAAAAACUGUUUUGGCACCUACUAUAUAUACAAUUGAACAACAAAAGACAGCAACAACUCCUAAAGAACCACAACAUACUCCCCUUAAACCUACAGCAGAUUCCAUCCCAGAUGCUCCACGCAGGAAGCCUGAAAUCAUUCCAACCUUCCAUGAACCAGAUACUACUAUGAUUCCGCACAUUCCUGAAAGAACAAAGGCAACGUUGGCUUCAACUGAAAAACAGUUCAUUCAUACCAAACCAAAAACAUCUGAAAAACCAAGAGUGCCACACACCAAACCUGCAAUACAUCAGACAACUCCACAACCAAUUAUUACAAAAUCUUCUGCUACCACCGAGCAUUCAAGGGCAACAAUGGCUCCAAAAGAAACACUGCUCAUUCCUUCCAAACCCAAAACAUCUGUUGGGCCAGAAGUACCACAGACUAAACCUGCUCCAAGAGCAACACACCUGGGAUCGAUUAACCUUAUAACAGUUCAUGUUGUUGAUGGGUCCAAAAUGACUUUGGCUCCACGUGAAACAUACGAGAUUUCACCCAAGCCCAAAACUGCUCUAGCAACUGAAAUUCCACACUUUAGUACAGCACCUCAUAAAACACGUCUCACUUCUGCAAGACCAAAGCCAUCUGAUAAAUCACAGACCAGACCAGCUCUUAGUAGAACCACACUAGCACCACCUAGAACAAAAGCACCUGGACUGCCAAAGUGGAUUGUGCCAACAACAGAUGAUGCAUAUACACCUGAGGAUAUUGCCAGACAAAUUGGCGUGGAUGUAGAAAAACCUUUGGAAUAUAUUGAUACGUGGGAAAAGGCAAUUUCUGUAACCAUACCACCUGGCCCUCAGCAUCCUCCUAUGCCUCCUGUCAAGCCUACACAAAUGCGAAGAAAACCUCUGCCUCCAAACACUGUGACUGGUAAACCAGGGAUUCCAGCUAAACCCGCUGCACCAACAACGCCUGUGAGGACAGGAACGUCAUAUAAGACACCAACAGCUUUUGCAACUCCAGACUAUUAUGUUGAUGCAACUGUCUUCAGCUCAAGUCCUACAUCAGAAACAGAUUCUUCAGGCAAACCAAGGUACCAAGCCCCCCAUGUCAAGUACAUGAAGAAAGAUGAUGAUGUGCCUUGCUCUAUCACAAGCUCUCUUGAACAUUUUCCACAAGAGGAAGCUAGCAGCAAGGAAGAAGCUACUCGUCCUCCACAAAAUCCUCCAACAAACCUCACAGUGGUGACUGUUGAGGGCUGUCCAACUUUCGUCAUACUGGACUGGGAGAAACCAGACAAUGACACUGUUACUGAGUAUGAGGUUGUGUCAACUGAAAAUGGAGCAACUGAUGGUGAAAAGGAGAAAUCGAUUAUCACUACAAAUCAAACCCAUUCUACUGUGGAAAACCUAAAACCCGACACAAGUUAUGAAUUCCACGUGAAACCUAGGAACCCUCUUGGUGAAGGUCCAAGUAGUAAUGUUGUGGCAUUCAGUACUGAAUCAGCGGACCCAAGAGUGAGCGAGCCAAUUUCAAUGGGAAAGGAUGCUAUCUGGACUGAAAUCCCAUUCAAUUCAGACACCUAUUCAGAAUGCAAAGGGAAACAAUACGUAAAGAGGACUUGGUAUAAGAAGUUUGUAGGUGUGCAGCUGUGUAACUCUUUGAGAUACAAGAUAUACCUCAGUGAUUCACUUACAGGAAAGUUUUAUAACAUAGGAGACCAGCGGGGCCAUGGAGAAGAUCACUGCCAGUUCGUAGACUCAUUCUUAGAUGGAAGGACAGGACAGCAAGAAGAUCUACCAGUCAAAGACGGAUUUUUCAGGGCAGUCCGUCAGGAACCUGUCAAAUUUGGAAAAAUAGGCGGGGAGACCCACAUUAACUACGUUCGCUGGUACGAGUGCGGAACAUCGAUCCCUGGGAAAUGGUAGCUGCGAGGUGAACGUGGUGACAAGGCCCAGCACUUCCCACCCGCCCGACUGCCCAGCAUGGGCUCGGAGCCGGCAAUGUCCUCGGUACGCCUGGCACUGCAGUGUGUCUGCUGAUGUGCAAGGGUUUAUACGAGUCUAAUGCCAAUACUGCAUUGUGUACUAGCAUAGGCUGCUUACUGUAUGUAGUUAUCCAGUUUUACAGACCUGUUUUUAGAUUUAAAAAAAUAAAUCCCAGCCAGGCUAGGGCCAUGUUGUAGGAUACUGUAUAGGGAAGCUGGCUCCCUAUUCCUGAGGUAUGGUUUAUAUGGUAUUUUAAAAGAUAUGGUGUGUGUAUUAUUUAUCACAAUGUUGUAAUAAAUGUUUAAGGCACAGUUAUGGCAGAGUUGGUCACAGAAUGCAAUGUGCUUUAGUUCUUAAGUAUUCACUGGUCGUCUUACAACACAAGUGCCAUAAGCUCCCUGUCCGAAUUCAUCUGUCAUAAAUAGAGAAGACCCUACAAUUGUUAACAUCCUGCAACCAGUAAACUUGAAUCGUUGUCUCCUUACCUGUACAGUUUAUACUCCUGCCAAAACGCGGCGGUUGCUCUACGUGCAGCUUUGCAUCAUCAGGUUCGUGGGUUUUCUCCAUGUUACCAAAGGCUCCAGCUCUGGCAGCAGAGUACGCUCAGCCCCUUGCUGCAGAGCUGGACUGCGGUGGGUGGUUGGGUUACCUUAAAGCAGGCAGGUGCCUAUGGGCAGAGUGACAAACAUGGAACUGCUCCCCACGGCUCUGCCUUUUCAUGGGAAUGUAGUUUUCGGAUGCUGAGACUUCCUGGCUCAAAAAGCUGAGUGUAUGUACAGAGGGCUUGGAAAGAGAAGUGAAACGGCAAAAUAAUAAGCUAUUGUUGUUACAGCAUAAUCGGGUUUAUUUAAAACAAGAAAGUGUUCAUUGGGGACAAGGGGGAAAUAGUGAUAACUGAACUUUAAAACUGCUUUACAGUUAAUUAAAACCUCUCCCAAAGCUCCUUGUUGUACUGCUUGACCAUUUACGAACUAAAUAAAGAGAUGUAGGUUUUUUUUUUUUUUAAAGGUGUUAUUCAUUACAUUACUAAUGUAUUGAAAAAAUAUGAACAGGAACAGCCAGAUAUAUAUAUAGUAGAAAUAGUCAUUUAUAGAAAAUGCCUUAUAAAGUACAUUGCAGGUACACUGUACUCCUAAUAAAAUAUUUUUUAAUCAAGUGGUUUUCUUCAGUGUUUUACACGACAAGAAAUGCUAGUUCCUGUGGCAAAUGCUGCUACUUCAGCAAGUAGUUUGUUCUGGACUGUUGUCACCAGCACUUGAGGCAUUAGGGCUGAGGAGAGCACAAACAGCAGGAGGUGCAGCUUACAGGGGAACAGCGAGGUCCUGAAGGCAGGGAUAUAUUCACUCCUUAAUUCCUAAGCUGUCUUUAUGAGAGUUCAAGCAGCUUACUCCAGUUUUGUUUUUUUUCAUUCCCGGCUUCAUUUUAUGUAUGCCUAGAAUCCAUAAGAUGGAAAAUAUUAGCUGGGAGAAUGCUUUGCCCUCUGCUGUCACAUGGACCAUUGAACUUGCUACAGCUCUUGAUCUGCUUUUUCUUGGCUGAGAAUCAAGUCACAAGAACCGCACUCCCAAGUUUUUCUGGGUGGCAAAGAACCU